CUCCCUGGUUGAAUGAUCAUCAGUGGAUGGGAUCUAGCUGAUCUCGCUGUGUUUUCGUCCCACACACACGCCUGAGUGACUGCUGGCUGGACGGACUGGACGGACUGAGUCAUACAUAGUGCUUCACCCACCUGGCCGGUCCAUUGUUCCUGGUGCCUCAAGUAUCCACGGUCCCGUCCCCCUUUCAUAUCUUCCGAUAUUAGCCCCGCCCUGACUACCACUGAGUAUCCCGUCCAUCGGUUGGCCUUAGUGAACGGGGUUGAGCGGUCGUGCAUGAGCAUGGCUUCGACAUCGGCGAUGAGCAAGAAGUCCCAAGAGGAGAUCAUCGCUCAGUUCAACAAGAUGCGGAACGAGCAACGCACUUUGGCCUCGAAACUCUCAGAGCUACAAAUGGAUCUCAACGAACACAAAUUAGUGCUCGAGACCUUGGAUAAGGUGUCUGCGGAUCGACGAUGUUUCCGUUUGAUCGGCGGAGUUCUCGUGGAACGCAAUGUGGGACAAGUCGCACCCGCUCUCCUUAACAACAAAGACAAGAUGUCCAAAUUAGUGGAGACGUUGGAGAAGCAGUUGACGGAAAAAGGCAAGAGCAUCAACGAUUACAUGGCUCAAAAUAAUAUUCAGAUUCGAGGCGGAGGGGGAGGCGGCCCCAAAAAGGAGGAUCCCGCAUCCGGUGACAAUGACGAGAACAAGAAAUCCUCGGGCGUACUCGUUGAGGGCACCGGCACAUCCGCUUCAUAAUGCAAGCAACCAAUGGUUCGAGUUGGAAUGUUUUUUUUUUCUCUUAUUCAUAAAAUGACGGCGGACAAUACAAAAACUUAUGAAAAAGGAA